CGGGCGGGCGGGCGAGCGGAGGCGCCGCGGGGCGUCGGCGCCGAUGGACCUGCUGCUGACGGUCCGGAAACUCGCCUCCAUCUGUACCAUGGGCGCCAAUGCUUCUGCUUUGGAAAAAGAGAUUGGUCCAGAACAGUUUCCUGUGAAUGAACAUUACUUUGGCUUGGUCAAUUUCGGGAAUACCUGCUACUGCAAUUCAGUCCUACAGGCACUUUAUUUUUGUCGUCCGUUUCGGGAAAAAGUUUUGGCGUACAAGGUCCAGCCUCGGAAGAAGGAGAGCCUUCUCACGUGCCUCUCUGACCUCUUCAACAACAUUGCCACUCAGAAGAAGAAAGUGGGUGUCAUACCACCCAAAAAGUUUAUCUCCCGACUGAGGAAAGAAAAUGAGUUGUUUGAUAAUUAUAUGCAGCAAGACGCACACGAAUUCCUAAACUACCUAUUGAACACUAUCGCCGACCUAUUGCAAGAAGAGAAAAAGCAAGAGAAACAGAACGGCAGACUCCAGAACGGGAGCAUCGAGUGCGAGGAGAGUGACAAGACAGAAUCGACCUGGGUCCACGAAAUCUUCCAGGGAACACUAACCAAUGAGACCAGAUGUCUUAACUGUGAAUCCGUGAGUAGCAAAGACGAGGACUUUCUGGAUCUCUCUGUCGACGUGGAACAGAAUACUUCCAUCACACACUGCUUGAGGGGGUUCAGUAACACUGAAACUCUAUGCAGCGAAUAUAAAUACUACUGUGAGCAGUGUCGCAGUAAACAGGAAGCACAGAAGAGAAUGAGAGUGAAGAAGUUGCCCAUGAUUCUAGCUCUGCACUUAAAAAGGUUCAAGUACAUGGACCAAUUGCACCGAUAUACCAAACUCUCCUACCGCGUGGUUUUUCCUCUGGAGCUGCGGCUCUUUAACACGUCCGGAGAUGCCACCAACCCCGACCGAAUGUAUGACCUCGUGGCCGUGGUCGUUCACUGCGGCAGCGGGCCAAACCGGGGCCAUUAUAUCACCAUCGUCAAGAGCCAUGGGUUCUGGUUGCUGUUCGAUGACGACAUCGUAGAGAAAAUCGAUGCCCAAGCGAUCGAAGAGUUUUACGGACUAACAUCAGACAUUUCCAAAAACUCAGAAUCCGGGUAUAUCCUCUUUUACCAGUCAAGGGACUGAAAUGGAACCGAUUAACUCUAAUUUAAAAAGGAAAGCAAAGCCCUCGUCUAACUCUCUCCGUCCCACCCUCCUCCCGGCCCCUAAGACACCGUCGACAAAAGAAGAAGAAAGAGGGAUCGAGGUGGCAUCCCGUCAGGACGUUGAGAACCGUCGGCCAAGGACGGUCUUCCCCGGGCCACCCGGCGGGAGGAGGAAGAGGUUUCCUCUCCAGCCAAGCUCAGAUUGACACCCGCCAUAGCGAGAUGAAUGUGUCUGCUCCUCUCUUCUUCCCGGUUUGUUUGUUCGCCACCUGCUCCCCUCCGGAAUCCUCCUCCCUUUCUACUUGAAACCCAGCUUCGUAUUCCAAAAGGAAAGGUUUCUCUGAGCGGCCCGGAACAAUCUCCUUCACCAUCUGAGAUCUUCCCAAGGCGUUCUGUGGUUUUUUUCCCCUGGCUCUUCUGUAUUUUGGCAGAAUGAUUUCAAUAUUCUUUGUCAGCCGAAGACAUAUUUUAAGAUAUGAGUAGCAGCCAGUUGCUGGAUAUUUUUGGUGACUAAGGCAUGAGAAGCAGUAUAAUUCUAAGACACAUUGGAAAUGUCAAGCCUGUAAUUUUUUUUUUAAGAUCAAAAUCAUUCCGUGCAGAAUUAUAAAUUCUCCAGAAUCUCCUCAGACUUAAAUAACACUAAAACGCCACUCUUUUGAUAUUCAUUUUUAUUGUCACGUCCCUUUCCCUCCUGGAAGUUGUAACAUUUUUUUUCAUAUGCAACUUAGUCUAUUGUACUGAUAUUUUUAUUUUUAGCAAAAAGCGUGAGUCAGAGAUACCGGCCUGCAGAUCCAGUCGGGCGCAGCAACGGAUGUGUUUCUAAAAAAUGCCCGUCUGGCGAUCGGCUAGGGGGGUAGAGAGUCCACUGCUGGGUCACGGGGACACGCAAAACGCCCCUCGGGAAGCUUGACCCGAUCAUCACACCCAGACCACCCCGUUUGCCAAGGUAAAUGAGCUGAGGGUCUUUUUCUCAAAUAGAUCCAGAUAGUUUUCGUCCACGUCUUGGGAGGAACCAGCAUCUUUGGAGGAGGAGGAGGAGGAGGAGGAGGAGAAAUACGAGUGCAGAAUGCAGAACCUUCUAACCUUCCCCCUGUGACAUUCUAGUUGGACAUCCUACACUGUCCUGCAAGUGUUCGGGGAGCCACCCCUACUCCCAAGGGCCCGGCUCACCAGUGGUGAGCGGAAGAAAGUAGUUUGGUCUGUUGAGGACUGGAUGGAGCUGGUUUGAGAACAAACCAAGAACAGGAAGGGAAUUCCCCGAAAACCUCUAUGAAACGAUCCAGAUUCUUCUCUCGGUGGGCCGGCGCUUAGAGCCAGUGGCUCAGAGCUGGGUUUUGAAGGGAGUCAUUUUUUUCCCUUGGCUCGCCUCGCCUCAUUAGCUAACGGGCUCCUCUCGUUCUCGUCACAGGCCGCCCCGUUACCCGUUGGUGCCCGUCCCCGCAGACACGUUAACUUAUGCAAUUCUCCGGUCUGCAGGGGAUCCCUAGAAUCCCAGUGCCCUUAUGAAGACAGUGGGUCGUCUCCUCCUUCCUCUUGCAGUACUUUAGGGAGGCUGAACCCCCAGACCCGUUCUUCCGUUCCACAUGCCGUCGAUCCUCUCCUGUUUUCUCAAGCAGAAAUAGACCCACGGUUCCGUCCUCAGACCGGCCCCCUUUUCCGUCUGAAGGAUGAAAGAAAAAGAAAUUACACAGCGCAGACCACUGUUUCCUGUGACUCGAUCAUGCACAACACGUUUGUUUCCAGAGUCUGUUAGGGUCAUUCUCUCCCCACCCGCCACAGAUCAGUCACCCCCGGAGAACGAGACCCUCGGUAGCAACUCUCCUGCCUCGGCUCCCACGCCCUUGCGGAGCCCGUGAGGUGGCACCGAUCGCCUCCGUGUAUCCCUCCUUUCUGCCCGCAGCAAAGAGAACACUGAGUCUGAAAAGACAAAGCCAAAACACCCGAAGCUCGCGUUCCAGGGACAUCCCAUCGGGUGCCCUCGAUGUGGAUUGCGCAUACCGGGCCGGGAACGUUUCUGCCAACGAGAUACCUGGUCGGGGAGAGAAAUUGUUGAAAGAUAUAUACUAUAAAUACAACCUAUUAAAAAGUGCACUUUUGCUACAGAUUUAUAAGGAAACUUAGUAGGUUGAGGUUGGAAGAGAAAAAUGGCGGCAUGCUGCGUAAAAAAAUGACCCCACCUCUUGCAAAUAAAGGUCGCGUAUGGUCGAAA